CCGCCGCCACCUACUCGCCUCUUCUUCCCACGCGCGCCCCCAGGGUUCUCCACCUCUAACCGGCGGCUGCGGGCAGGCGGAAAGGCGAAGAGCGGCGGCGAUGGGGCACUCCAACGUCUGGAACUCCCACCCCAAGAACUACGGGCCCGGCUCCCGCGUCUGCCGGGUCUGUGGGAACUCUCAUGGGCUGAUCAGGAAGUACGGGCUGAUGUGCUGCAGGCAAUGCUUCCGCAGCAACGCCAAGGACAUUGGCUUCAUCAAGUACCGCUAAAUCGCCUUGGCUUCCAUGAUGAGAAGCUAAUCAGGAGCAAACGGUCCAUUUGAUAGAAGGCUUAAUUUCAAUUCCAGUAAUUUAGCUGUUUGCUCAGUACUCUACUAGUAAAACUUUGUGGUUUAUGUUUUUGUUGGAAACUGAAUGAUGUGGAUGUUGAACAUGAGUUAAUUACCGAUCGAAAAGCCUUUUGCCAUGUGUUACCAUGGACUGCUGUUCUAUUUUA